CUGUCAGAAAAGUCAAAACAGGAAUGGUUUCUUGGAGUGCUUUGGGCCGAUCUUUCGGCAUUAAUUUAUUAAAAACUAAUAUCAAAUUACCUAAUUCUAUACACAAUGUGACUUUUUCUACUAGCAAGGCCAUGAGCGCCGGCCAUGGACACAAAACAAUGGCUUUACAACCCUCCAGAUGGCAAUGGCACAAAUUCAAGGAUAUGUUCCAUUACUACGCCAUGGUAGGCUUAAUCCCAGUGGGGCUUAUUAUAUUCUACACCAACGUGUUCAUUGGGCCUGCUCAACUGGCCCCAAUUCCAGAGGACUACAACCCGAAGCACUGGGAGUAUCAUCGCCAUCCAAUAACUCGUUUUAUCGCCCGCUAUAUUCAUACCAAUCCACAGCAGGAGUAUGAAAAAUUCAUGCACUUCAUUGAUGAAGAAGCCCAAAGGGGUAAACUAAGAGCUCUGGAGAAGGCAAUUAUAGAAAAGAUGGGAGAACGCAGCGACUAUCAAGCAUAUUAUUAUCGACCAAUGGUUAACAAAUACCUCCGUUUGGAUAAGAAGGCCGGCGAUGAACUUUAUAAUCGCCUUGGUGAGAAUUUAGAUGAAUAAAAAAAAUUAUUGCGUUUUUAUAAACACUGUUAGUAUAUUUUUAGUAAUCAAGCAUAUUGUUACAUUAAUUCAAUGUGGAUAAAUAAUCUUUUGAUUGUUGCUUGAAAAUAGAUUUAUUUGAAGUAUUUCAUGUAAUCAUACCCUGAUAAAUGCAACAGGAAAAUAAAAUUAUUCUAC